AACUGGCCGUUUGGGGAAGGCGUGCAUCUCGGCCCGCCAGCUAAGCCCAGACCAUCACGGUCAUGUGACCGUGACGCGAAACACAUGUCUUCGCACGCUCGAAACCGAACUUACCCCAGAACCGCCGCGUACAUCGCUUCGCUGUCGACAACGACGACCUCAAGCCCUUCUUCAACGACGACAACCACGCCCUUUUACGACGAUGCCCAAACACUCCUUGACACACCCUUCCGUACCCGCCUCUGCCCCUUCCUCCCCCGUCGUCACACGCAAGUCUGAGCGUAAUCCCCCUGCGACCCCGCAGCGUUCCCUCCCUCGUCCAAGCGUUAGACACUUCCAAUCGCCUUACACGCCCGCCACGACCCUUUCUACACCAUAUACCCCCGUCAGUCUUAGAUCUGCACCCUCCUCCAAUGGUUCUAGCCUGGCCACCCCAGCUUCCAUAGCCGGCAACAACCGGCGUCUCAGUUUGAAUCUCUCGCCUGAAGUCAGUUUUCAAGGAAAACCAUCAAGUAAAAAGAGCCUGGCGGAUAUUGCCGACAACUGGAGGACGCGUGCGAAUGAGAACGGAAUCAAAGUUGCACCAAGUGAGGAAUCUCAAUUUGCUGAUGACGAAGAUGACCUAGAUAAUUGCAGCUUCUUCUCUAACGACAAGGCUCUCCUCCCAGCUCCCUUCUUGUCUACCCAGCGCCGCGCCCGUGCCCUUUCUUAUGCCCAGCCUCAAAUUCAUUCCACGCCUCUGGCCCAGAUACCCAACCCAUCGCAGUUAUCGACUCCCGGACGGAUGACUUUCGCUCAAUCUCUUGCUCUCUCUCCUGCAUUUCUCAAUACCCCGCCUCCCAAACCAGCCGUUGCAAACCAGUUUAGGCUGAGAGGCAGUGUGACUGAUCCCGCGCAGACACGUCGCCGACCUGCUUUUGGACAGUUGCAGAAUACAGAGCUCUGCGAUAUCGACGAGGAUGAGUUCGCACCAUAUCCGCAAACGUUCCCAAAUGUAGCAUCGCAAACUCUGCCUCUCGCUUUUCACGAUUCUUUCGAUUAUUCCAAUCCUUCUGAGUCUCUAUCAUUUUACGACACCAUUCCGGAACAGUAUGAGGAGAUAAAGCCAGUCACCAUACCCGAAGCGCCCCUUGCAUGCUCAGUCUGUGGAUUGGCUAAUGGAGCUCUGGCUUUAUUGGAGCCAUGCUCCCACCCGCUCUGCUCGGCGUGUCUUACAAGCGCGUUGAACAUUGUCGGUGAAAAGGAUAUGGAAUGUGCUGUCUGUAACGCCAAAGUAGAUGACUUCAAACUUCAAAACUUCAACGGGAUUCCUUCUAGCACCUCCAACAAAAGGAAGCCCAUCGUGCAAUCCAACGACGCAUACAAUCAGUCUUUCGCUUUCCUCGACAAUGGUUUCGAAGAUUUCAUUGAUCGUGCACAGGGCGCAUCAACGCCUGUCGCUGGAAUGCGCUCGGCAUCUGGCAGAAAGGCGUCCAAACCGGAGGAACGUGCUGUUCUUCGUAUCGAUAACGUUCCUUGGGAUAUCACCCCUCCAGCUAUUGCUGCGUGGCUGAAACAUCCAGUUGAACGCGUUCACGUUCUUUUGGAUCGCAAGGGGAAGACCCUCAGUCAUGCAUAUGCAGAAAUGGUAUCCCCGGAAGCAGCCAAAGCAGCAUUGCGCAGUUCACAGAACUCCGUACUCGGUCGCGGCAAGCGGGCUCGAGGAGUGACUGUGACCAGAAGCAAUCAAGAGGAACUGAUGAGAGCACUCUUUCCCUCGUGGCAGGGCAACUUUGAUGGGGCCCGCCCUUCCUUGGCAGGGUUGAGUAACGAGCAUGUCAUUUCUACGCUCCAGCAGGGUCUCAUUUCCGAUCUUGAGCUGAAAUCGCUCUUGCAUCUCAUCAAGUCUCCCGAUAGUCACUUCCUGAAAGUCCCUUCUUUGCCUUUCCAUUCCCUCAUGAGUAUUCUUUCCAAGUUCCCUGCCGACGACGAUAGUCGAGUCUUCUGGUCCGGCUCGUUGAGAGAUUCCCUCUAUGAUGUCACCUUUGCUGCAGUUCAAGUCCUUCUUACUCGCGUUGAAGACAACCCGUUCUCGGAGUGGACUAGUCUUUUAGCGCAACUCGUCCGCGCUGCGAUGGACUGUCAAGCUUUCACGUCUGAGCAGAUGAGCAAGCUCUCCGAUAUUCUCGAGGCCGCUCUUCCCCAAUCCACCUCAUCCCCUCGCAGCUCACGUACUGCCACUCGCACUCCAGAUUCUCUCCGGUUCACUCCCGAGCUUGAGUCACCUCGUCGUAUCGGCAAAGCCGACAACCUCAUCUACGAGGAUAAUUCGCCUUUCGGCGAGCUCGCAAAAGAGUUUGGCGUUGAGGCUCACUUGGUCGAAGCGCUGGCGCAGCGACUCUCUAGAUUGUCUUAAUCACGCAUCAACUUCAUCGCACUCACAGUUCUCUCCAUCCAUGCAUUCUUUCCACUGUCUCAUCUUCACGUCGUGUUCAAUCAGGAUAUCGUAACAUGGACCUACCGCUUUUUAUUCUUCAUCCAUUGUAUGCUGAGCAUCCUUUCAUGUUGUCAGUAAUUAUGUUAUGGAAGCCUCGUUUCAUCGUUUCACCAGCUGUCUUAUCGUCUCCCUCCCUCCGCCGUGUUACUCGUAAUGUCGUAUACAUAGAAACGUUUCGUUGCGUUGCGUUCGUGUCCCGUUCUGCCUUCGCUUUGUGUAUUUGCUGUGGAAUCCCGUUGUCGUUCCAUGUGUCUAUCCUUGCAGCAGCCAUCGAGUAAGAUUAGUGUCUGUAUGUUGUCAAUGUAUGUUCGUUGAAGUUGUGAAGUUUCAAGCCGCUUGAGCACCUCACGUAUCGCCCUUUAAGGCUUACAGCGAUAGCCAGAGAAAUGUUAUUUUUCUUAUGUAGAUGUCCCGGAUUGAACAAAAUACGUCUGAUCUU